UGGUUUGGCGUCGGUAUUUUUCCUGCCUGAAGUAUGCCAUGGUAUUUUUUUAAUAAAAACUUUUCUUGUGGUUUUGCUGCAUUGCCUACAUAAAGUCCUUUUGGUUUCCUUGCAGAAAGCAUGCUUUAAACUGUCACAGAAUGAAACCAGCACUUUUUAAUGUCUUGUGUGAAAUCAAAGAAAAAACAGUGCUGAGCAUCCGCGGGGCCCAGGAGGAGGAGCCGAGCGACCCGCAGCUCAUGCGGCUGGACAACAUGCUCUUAGCAGAAGGGGUGGCCGGGCCGGAGAAAGGAGGGGGUGCGGCGGCGGCGGCGGCGGCAGCGGCGGCCUCCGGCGGUGCCGGUGCAGACAACUCGGUGGAACACUCGGACUACCGAGCGAAGCUCUCCCAGAUCCGCCAGAUCUACCACACGGAGUUGGAGAAAUACGAGCAGGCGUGCAACGAGUUCACGACUCACGUGAUGAACCUGCUGCGGGAGCAGAGCCGGACCCGGCCCAUCUCCCCCAAGGAGAUCGAGCGGAUGGUCAGCAUCAUCCACCGCAAGUUCAGCUCCAUCCAGAUGCAGCUCAAGCAGAGCACCUGCGAGGCCGUCAUGAUCCUGCGCUCCCGAUUCCUCGAUGCCCGGCGGAAGAGAAGAAAUUUCAACAAGCAGGCUACCGAAAUCCUCAAUGAGUAUUUCUAUUCCCACCUCAGCAACCCGUACCCCAGUGAGGAAGCCAAAGAGGAACUAGCCAAGAAGUGUGGCAUCACAGUUUCACAGGUAUCAAACUGGUUUGGAAAUAAGCGAAUCCGGUACAAGAAGAACAUAGGUAAAUUUCAAGAGGAAGCCAAUAUUUAUGCUGCCAAAACGGCUGUCACAGCCACAAAUGUGUCAGCCCAUGGAAGCCAGGCUAACUCGCCCUCAACUCCCAAUUCAGCUGGUUCUUCCAGUUCUUUUAACAUGUCAAACUCUGGAGAUUUGUUCAUGAGCGUGCAGUCACUCAAUGGGGAUUCUUACCAAGGGGCCCAGGUUGGAGCCAACGUGCAGGCACAGGUGGAUACCCUUCGCCAUGUUAUCAGCCAGACAGGAGGAUUCAGUGACGGGCUCGCAGCGAGUCAGAUGUAUAGUCCACAGGGCAUCAGUGCUAACGGAGGUUGGCAAGACGCGACGACCCCCUCGUCAGUGACCUCCCCCACAGAAGGGCCCGGCAGCGUCCACUCCGAUACCUCCAACUGAUCUCCCGGCACCGCCGCAUCCCUGCUGCCCCCACCCCGCCCCGACGGGCGGGGGGCCGGGAGGGGAGGGGCCCUCGCUCCUGUUGACGCCGCUGAGUGGGAUCCCGCGCCGCCGGCACACCAACACGGGCCUGCUCCUCUCCUCUCCUCUCCUCUCUCUGGGAUGCUUUUUCAGCCAAUCUGGACACUUCUUUAUACUCUGUUCCCUUUCUUUUCUGGGUAGAAGCCACCUCUGCUUUCGCUGCCACCGCCGCCCACCCUCCCACCACAGAAUAUUUUUCAUUCUGAAGCAGAACAAAAACGAGUAUUUGUACAUUUC